AACAAUCCUGUUCCCAGGGCUCUGAGGUCAUACCUAGGGCUUCUCCCCUGGCCCCAACUGCCCCUUGCUGCCCACCCCAGAGGCAGCGGAUGUGGGGCUAUGCUUUUCUGGGGAUGCUGGUGGGACUACCAGAACAAUGGAAGAACCAGGAACGGCGUCGGCCGCUGGCCUCGCCACCAUGUUCAGCUGGGUGAGCAAGGAUGCGCGGCGCAAGAAGGAGCCCGAGCUCUUUCAGACGGUGGCCGAGGGGCUGCGGCAGCUGUACGCGCAGAAGCUGCUGCCGCUCGAGGAGUACUACCGCUUCCACGACUUCCACUCCCCCGCGCUCGAGGAUGCCGACUUCGACAACAAGCCUAUGGUGCUGCUCGUGGGCCAGUACAGCACGGGCAAGACUACCUUCAUCCGGCACCUCAUCGAGCAGGACUUCCCCGGCAUGCGCAUCGGGCCGGAGCCCACCACCGACUCCUUCAUCGCCGUCAUGCACGGCUCAGCGGAGGGCGUGGUGCCGGGCAACGCUCUCGUUGUGGACCCGCGCCGGCCCUUCCGCAAGCUCAACGCCUUCGGCAAUGCCUUCCUUAACCGGUUCAUGUGCGCCCAGCUACCGAACCCAGUCCUGGAGAGCAUAAGCAUCAUUGACACCCCAGGAAUCCUCUCCGGAGAAAAGCAGCGGAUCAGCCGAGGCUAUGACUUCGCGGCCGUUCUGGAGUGGUUUGCCGAGCGAGUGGACCGCAUCAUCCUUCUCUUUGAUGCCCACAAGCUGGAUAUCUCGGAUGAGUUCUCUGAGGUGAUCAAGGCCCUGAAGAACCACGAGGAUAAGAUCCGCGUGGUGCUGAACAAGGCUGACCAGAUCGAGACGCAGCAGCUGAUGCGGGUCUACGGGGCCCUCAUGUGGUCCCUGGGCAAGAUCAUCAACACGCCCGAGGUGGUGCGGGUGUACAUCGGCUCCUUCUGGUCCCACCCCCUGCUCAUCCCAGACAACCGCAAGCUGUUUGAGGCCGAGGAGCAGGACCUCUUCAAGGAUAUCCAGUCGCUGCCCCGGAAUGCCGCCCUCAGGAAGCUCAACGACCUGAUCAAGCGUGCCCGGCUGGCCAAGGUCCAUGCCUACAUCAUCAGCUCCCUCAAGAAGGAGAUGCCCAACAUGUUUGGGAAAGAGAGCAAGAAGAAGGAGCUGGUGAACAACCUGGGAGAAAUCUAUCAGAAGAUCGAGCGGGAGCACCAGAUCUCUCCCGGGGACUUCCCGAAUCUCCGGAAGAUGCAGGAGUUGCUGCAGACUCAGGACUUCAGCAAAUUCCAGGCCUUGAAGCCCAAGCUCCUGGACACCGUGGACGACAUGCUGUCCAAAGACAUCGCUCGGUUAAUGGUGAUGGUGCGCCAAGAGGAGUCGCUCAUGCCCUCGCAGGUGGUGAAGGGUGGAGCCUUUGACGGCACCAUGAACGGGCCCUUCGGCCACGGCUACGGAGAGGGGGCCGGAGAGGGCAUCGACGAUGUGGAGUGGGUGGUGGGCAAGGACAAGCCCACCUACGACGAGAUCUUCUACACCCUGUCUCCUGUCAACGGCAAGAUCACGGGGGCCAACGCCAAGAAAGAGAUGGUGAAAUCCAAGCUACCCAACACGGUCCUGGGGAAAAUCUGGAAACUGGCCGAUGUGGACAAAGAUGGGCUGUUGGAUGACGAGGAAUUCGCCCUGGCCAACCACUUGAUCAAAGUCAAAUUGGAAGGGCACGAGCUCCCCGCUGACCUGCCCCCACACCUGGUCCCUCCCUCCAAACGGAGGCACGAGUGACAGUCGAUUCUUCCCUCGCCAGGAGGGCUGCUGCCCCACUCUUGCCCCUCUGCUUCCCAGGUGGAGCAGCAGCUUGGGGGGGGUCCCAUUCUCAGUGCUCCCUUGGCGUGUCUGUUCCAUAAAGACCUAACUAACAGAUGGCUUUUUGCAGCUCUCGAAAAGGAAAGCCACCACUUUAGAAAAAGAAAAGAAAACCGUUUCCAAGCCUGGUGGGGAGACAGGGGUAGCACUUGUCAAUGUUGGAAUUUUGUGCACAAGAACUAUGGAUAUUUUUAAUAUAUGAAGGCAGUAUUCUUUCUUGCUCCCUCCCUGCCCUGUCUGUGGCCCCCUCCCCGCCCCCUGUAGUCCAACAAGAGACCCUGCCAGCUUCCUGCCCUCUGGCUGGCUAGCUAUACACUUCCCAAAGAGUCAGUGGAAGGAGCUUCCUUCUGCCCCCUUUCCGGCUGCAUGGCCACAAGCCCCCAGUCCUCCUCCUGGGGCCAUCGGUCUGGGUCCUCUAGGCCAGACCCCAGUGCGGAGGGGCCAGACCUCGGGCAUCUGAAGUCUGGCUGAUGCUGGCAGCACAUCGGAGCGAUGAGGAGAGGCCCCCCUCCUCUGUCCUUGAAUUCACGUGGUACUUACUUGUGCCUUCGCCCACACCUCGUCCCCACUCAGGCACUGUCGACUCCCCUCUUCCCUAGAGACCUCACCUGUAUCACACCAGCCUCCAUCUCCCCCCCGGAAGUCCCAGAAGCCCCACUGGGUCACGUCUUCCGAAGAAAACCAACUAGUUUGGGUUUGGUUUGUUUUUUUAUUCAGCUUCCAGGUCUAGAAGUUUCUAGCCGCUUUGAGAACAGCUCUCUUCCAGCCUCCUCUCCACAAGCAGCAGCCUUGACGAGAGCCGCUGCGGAGGCCCCCUGAUCUGGGCGUCAUCAAGUCCCUGUUCUUCCAUUUCAGACCCUGAGUCAAGACGGCGCCUCUCCGUGCCCCUUGGGGCCACAGGUUUUGCUUCCUGGGGUUUCCCAGAAGACCCAUCAGCAGUGGGCACUGUGGUGGCCCCAGGGUGCAGGGGGACUUUGGGAAACAAGCCUCAGGGCUUCAUUCAGAGUGAUGAGAGGAGGCCUGUCUCUGGAAGCCAUUGGCCCAUUAUCGUGGAGGUGUUGGGCAGGACCAGCGAGGAUGGUCUCCCAUCCUGCAGAGGCCCCCGGAGGGAGGAGCUGUGACUUGCCGAAUCCCAGGGCACUGCUCACAGGACAGACUGGGCCCUUCCCAGGACGGGCUUCGGGGACUUCUCUGCCCUGCCGAGCCUCCAGAAAAUGGCGGCAGUGUUUCCCUCCUGAUUCUGAGGGCUAAAUGGGGGGGCUGGGGUGCGUGUCUCUUAUCCUGAGGGUCUUAUUUAUGCUCAUGUGCAAAACGAACCUGGAAAAUCUCAAGAUGUUUUUUCUUGCAUUAAAAAAGGAGAAAUGGUGCCUAA